UGUUCAAUGUUUAUCAUGUACAUGUUAAAGAGGAUGGUGAAUUUUAAACAUGGUGCUUUCUUCUUCUGUAUUUUAACGGUGAUGCAGCCAAGAAAACUGAGAAGAACUGGAGAGCAAAGUUACAAACGUCCAGAGGGAAUGCAUCGUGAACUUUAUGCCUUGCUAUACAGUGAUAGUAGAGACUCUCCACCACUGGCUUCAUCAGACACUUCUCAUGGCUAUAAGCAGAUGAAAGCCAAGUUAGGACGUAGGCAUGUGAGGCCAUGGAAGUGGGUGCCUUUCACUAACCCUGCUCGCACAGAUGGAGCAGUACUUUACCAUUGGAGAAGGGUGGCUGAUGAAGGAAAAGAAUAUCCAUUUGCCAGGUUUAAUAAGAAGGUGAAUGUUCCAAGCUAUACAGAUGAAGAGUACCAGCUGUACCUUCAUGAUGGACCUCCUUCUACCUGGACACGAGAUGAAACUGAUCACUUGUUUGACCUGUGCAGGCGGUUUGAUCUACGAUUUAUAACAAUUCAUGAUAGGUUUGACAGAGAAAAGUAUCAGACUCGCACCAUUGAAGAGUUAAAGGAUCGCUAUUAUAGCUGUGUUACAAGGUUACUCAAGGCUAGAGCCCCCCCUGGACAAGAACCACAGAACUUGCCAGCACGUUAUGAUGGUCAGCAUGAAACAGAGAGAAAGAAACAGCUUUUGAAGUUGUUUAACCGCACACAAGAACAGGUACAAGAGGAAGAAAUGCUUGUGGCAGAAUUGAGAAAAAUUGAAAUGCGUAAGAAAGAGAGGGAAAAGAAACAGCAGGAUUUACAGAAACUCAUCACAGCUGCUGAGAAUCAAACAGACUCAUACAGACUGAAGAGAGACAAGAAACAAGUUAAAAAGAAGCAAACUAAGAAGAAGGGGGAACUAGGCGACAAACCAGUCAAGGCUGAACCAUCAGGAGUCAAGUUUCCAGAGAGUAAAGGAGCUGGUGUGUAUCUGCGCAGUGCAAGGAUCUCAUGCCGAUGCCAACUGAACACAUCAGCCAUCAAUUUAAUGAACUGAGAAAUGAGAUGAUUCUGCUGUAUGAUUUGAAGCAAGCUGCUGGAAACUGUGAAUUUGAAAUCCAGUCUUUGAAACAUCGCCUGGAAGCAUUGGGAAAAGACAUAUCUACCAUAAACGUUCCUGUGGAAGCUGUCACUGUUGUUCCUAAAGUGCAAAUUACAGCUCCUUCCUCGACACCUUUGAUAGAUGCCGUCACCCCUUCUCCGGGAACUCCAAACGCCAGAAAAAGAAGAACAACAACCUCGUUUAUGGACCAAAAUGUGAUGAAGAAAACCAAAAGACUUUAGGAGCAAAAACACUGUGAGGACCCCUCAGUGUUUCUCGAUACGGGAUUCACGUAGGGAUAUUGCAAAUGUUAGAUUUGCAUAACGCAUUCAGUUUGUAAAUAAAAUAAAAAAAAAGUUUCACAAGA